UCCAUCGCGUGAAGACAUUUUUCUCGCAGCAUUGCGAAUCAAAACAUCUUAUCAUCGUAGCGGACAUAUGUGCGGUCUUAUAGAUCGGGUUCGUUCUCUCAGGAUGAGCAGUGGUCGAUGCGGAACCCUGGUUCCGUCAUCCACUGUCUGGUACGGAGAGAGUCGCUCCCACACCACGGCUCUGGCCGCCGGGCGUUAAGACCCGAACAGCUCCUAUAGAUCCUCAUCUCCUCACCGGUGAAGCCUGGCUUCAAAAGCACAUGGACUGAAACAUGAAGGGUGGGACUGCCACAUCGACAGAGUAGGAGAGCCCUUCUCUGAGGUACGCAUCCCAUUGUUAUCAUCACUGUACAGUUUCCUCAUUGAGAGGGGAUAGAUUUAGCCUAUACAUCACUUGGCUUUUCAUUUGUGUAAUGGAUGAAGUAAACAACCUUUUAUGCUCCCUAAUGGCACCACAAAUUGCAUUUGGUUAUCUCAAAGCAAUUGAACAACAAUGAUGUAAACCAAACUGUAUACCUUGUAUAAACCAACCCUGUGGUUCAGCUCUUAUUACUGUUGGCCUCUUUUAGUAUUAUUCAGCAGUGCUUUUUCUACAUUCAAAGCGCACGUGUCCAGGCCAGUGUUUUCCACUUCCUCACAUCCUGUGUUGUGAGGAAGCUUCCUCUGUCCCUUGGUGGCGGGCUGAAUCCUGAUCAGGGUCACUGAUGACGCCACAAGAGUCUACUGAGCACUCUUUUGCCAAAUUUGUCGUCACACAGAGACCUGAAUAUCUGCAAUUGUGCAAACCAAUCAUAUGAUGUCCUUAAAUAAUGCCUGUAAUUCUAGCUCAUUUACAGUACUUAGUCAAUAAGAGACACAAUUACCAUUUCAUUAACUCACAGUGGGACUAUGUGACUUGUAUACAAUAGUUAUCAUAAGGUUAACUACAGACAAUAAGCAAUGUUUGUGAGAUUGUCAUGUGUUUUUAGUCUGUUUGGCGGUAUUAUUGUAUUUAAACCAAAUUAAGUUUUAAAUGCAUCAAUACAUUAAUUAGUCAUUGAAGUGAUUGUGCAUCUUAACACUUGAGUGAUUAGUUGAGUGUUGUAAACCCUCUGUGCAUGCCAAAAGUACAGUUCAAUUAAACAGGUCAAGCCUAGUGCCAAGGCGGUCACAUGAGACACGUCAUAAUCCGAUGCAAAAAGAGUAUAGAACUGCAAUGUAAACAAAGGAGUCCUCAGUGUGGUGGGGACUUGUGGCCCCAGAGUCCCUGGAACUCGGACAUCCUGAGAGGAGGGGAAGUCAUCUGCUGUUGAUCAACACCAGGAGGUCUCCGGCCAAUAAGCUCAGCACUGUGCAUUGCUCUGGACCAUGAAGUCUGCUUCUAGGAACUAUUGUGAAUGCUAAUGCGGGAGUAUAUUCUGCCAAGACCGGGAAGGCAGUGUAAUAGUACGUGGAUUUGAGAUGCGGUCUAGUCUUCAGCCGGUUACCUUGAACUGGGAAUAGGACAAUACUGCUCAGCGAGAGAGAGAAUGUGCUCCGGGCAGGGUGUCCCGGGUUGGAGCCUCUGGGUGUCCCGGUUGGAGCCUCUGGGUGUCCCGGUUGGAGCCUCUGGGUGUCCCGGUUGGAGCCUCUGGGUGUCCCGGUUGGAGCCUCUGGGUGUCCCGGUUGGACCCGCAGGGGGCUGAGGGAGUGAGCUGGGGCAGGGCCGGGGAACAUGCCUCCCAGGCCGUCCUCUGGGGAGCUCUGGGGCAUCCACCUCAUGCCCCCCAGGAUCCUGGUGGACUGUCUGCUGCCAAACGGCAUGCUCCUGACCCUGGAGUGCCUGCGUGAGGCCACUCUCAUCACCAUCAAACACGAGCUGUUCAGGGAGGCCCGGAAGUACCCCCUGCACCACCUCCUGCAGGAGCAGGCCUCCUACAUCUUCGUCAGCGUCACACAGGAGGCCGAGAGGGAGGAGUUCUACGAUGAGACGCGCAGGCUCUGUGACCUCCGGCUCUUCCAGCCCUUCCUCAAGGUCAUCGAGCCCGUGGGGAACCGCGAGGAGAAGAUCCUGAACCGGGAGAUCGGCUUCGCCAUCGGGAUGCCGGUGUGUGAGUUCGACCUGGUGAAGGACCCCGAGGUACAGGACUUCCGGAGGAACAUCCUCAGCGUGUGUAAGGACUCGGUGGAGCUGCGGGACGUCAGCGGGCCGCACAGCCGAGCGCUGUACGUCUACCCGCCCAGCGUGGAGUCUGGACAGGAGCUGCCCAAACACAUCCACAGCAAGCUGGACAAAGGUCAGAUCAUCGUGGUGAUCUGGGUGAUUGUUUCCCCCAACAACGACAAGCAGAAGUACACGCUGAAGAUCAACCACGACUGUGUGCCCGAACAGGUGAUCGCGGAGGCCAUCCGUAAGAAGACGCGCAGCAUGCGGCUGUCUCCCGAGCAGCUGAAGAUGUGUGUCCAGGAGUACCAGGGCAAGUACAUCCUCAAGGUCUGUGGCUGUGACGAGUACCUACUGGAGAAGUACCCCAUCAGCCAGUACAAGUACAUCCGCAGUUGCAUCAUGCUUGGUCGGAUGCCUAACUUGAUGCUCAUGGCCAAGGACAGCCUGUACAGCCAGUUGCCCGCGGACGCCUUUGUCAUGCCUUCCUACUCCCGCCGCAUCUCCACGGCGACCGCCUACAUGAACGGCGAGCUGGCCGCCAAGUCGCUGUGGACCAUCAACGGCACCCUGCGGAUCAGGGUGCUGUGCGCCACCUACGUCAACGUCAACAUACGGGACAUCGACAAGAUCUACGUGAGAACCGGGAUCUACCACGGAGGAGAGCAGAUGUGUGACAACGUCAACACACAGAGAGUCCCGUGCUCCAACCCAAGAUGGAACGAGUGGCUGACCUACGAUAUGUACAUCCCGGACAUCCCCCGCGCUGCACGCCUCUGCCUCUCCAUCUGCUCCGUCAAGGGAAGGAAAGGAGCCAAGGAGGAGCACUGCCCGCUGGGCUGGGGGAACAUCAACCUGUUCGACUACACCCACACCCUGGUGGCCAACAAAAUGGCCCUGAACCUCUGGCCCGUCCCCCGAGGCAUGGAGGACCUGCUCAACCCCAUCGGGGUCACCGGCUCCAACCCCAACAAGGAAACGCCCUGUCUGGAGCUGGAGUUCGACCACUUCAGCUGCCUGGUCAAGUACCCAGAGAUGAGCUCCGUGGAGGAACAUGCCAACUGGUCUGUCUCCCGCGAGAUGGGCUUCAGCUACAACCUCUCCGGGCAGAGCAGCCGCAUGGCCCGAGACAUCGCCCUCACCGAGGGGGACGUGGAGCAGCUCCGUCAGCUUAGCCACCGGGACCCGCUGUCGGAGAUCACCGAGCAGGAGAAGGACUUCCUCUGGAGGCACCGCCACUACUGUAUGAACAUCCCUGAAAUCCUGCCCAAAAUCCUGCUGGCAGUCAAGUGGAACUCAAGGGACGAGGUCGCACAGAUGUACUGUCUGCUGAAGGAGUGGCCCUCCAUCCAGCCCGAGCACACCAUGGAGCUGCUGGAUUGUAACUACCCCGACCCCAUGGUGCGAUGCUUCGCCGUGCGCUGCCUGGACAAGUACCUGACGGACGACAAGCUGUCCCAGUACCUCAUCCAGCUGGUCCAGGUAUUAAAGUAUGAGCAGUAUCUGGACAAUCCUCUGGUCCGCUUCCUCCUAAAGAAGGCAUUAACCAAUCAAAGAAUCGGGCACUUUUUCUUCUGGCACCUGAAGUCGGAGAUGCACAACAAGACUGUGAGCCAGCGCUUCGGGCUGCUGCUGGAGGCGUACUGCCGGGCCUGCGGGAUGUACCUGAAGCACCUGAGCCGGCAGGUGGAGGCCAUGGAGAAGCUCAUCCACCUCACGGACCUCCUGAAGCAGGAGAAGAAGGACGAGACGCAGAAGGUCCAGAUGCGGUUCCUGGUGGACCAGAUGAAGAGGCCCGACUACAUGGACGCGCUGCAGAGCUUCACCUCCCCGCUCAACCCCGCCCACCAGCUGGGUAACAUCAGGUUGGACGAGUGCAGGAUAAUGUCGUCGGCCAAGCGCCCGCUGUGGCUGAACUGGGAGAACCCGGACAUCAUGUCAGAGCUGCUCUUCCAGAACAAUGAGAUCAUCUUCAAGAACGGAGACGACUUGCGUCAAGAUAUGCUAACUCUUCAAAUAAUCAGAAUCAUGGAAAACAUCUGGCAGAACCAAGGCUUGGAUUUACGGAUGCUUCCCUACGGCUGCCUGUCGCUAGGCGACUGCGUGGGGCUCAUCGAGGUGGUCCGCAACUCCCACACCAUCAUGCAGAUCCAGUGUAAGGGCGGCCUGAAGGGGGCGCUGCAGUUCAACUCCAACACGCUGCACCAGUGGCUCCGGGACAAGAACCGCGGAGAGACUUAUGAUCUGGCUGUAGAUCUGUUUACAAGGUCAUGCGCUGGUUACUGCGUAGCCACCUUUAUCCUGGGCAUCGGAGAUAGACACAACAGCAACAUCAUGGUCAAGGACGACGGACAGUUGUUCCACAUUGACUUUGGUCACUUCCUGGACCACAAGAAGAAGAAGUUUGGUUACAAGAGGGAGCGUGUUCCCUUCGUCCUCACCCAGGACUUCCUCAUCGUCAUCAGCAAGGGAACCCAGGAGUGCACCAAGACCAGAGAGUUUGAGAGGUUCCAGGAGAUGUGCUACAAGGCCUACCUGGCCAUCCGCCAGCACGCCAACCUCUUCAUCAACCUGUUCUCCAUGAUGCUGGGCUCCGGCAUGCCCGAGCUGCAGUCCUUCGACGACAUCGCCUACAUCCGCAAAACGCUGGCCCUGGAGAAGACCGAGCAGGAGGCGUUGGACUACUUCAUGAAGCAGAUGAACGACGCGCAUCACGGGGGCUGGACCACUAAGAUGGACUGGAUCUUCCACACCAUCAGACAGCACGCGCUCAACUAGGUGGGGCCUCCACCCGACUCCACCUCACUCCACCUCACUCCACCUCACUCCACCUGGGAUCACUGGUCUAAACCUGGACUGGGAUCACUGGUCUAAACCUGGACUGGGAUCACUGGUCUAAACCUGGACUGGGAUCACUGGUCUAAACCUGGAUUGGGAUCACUGGUCUAAACCUGGACUGGGAUCACUGGUCUAAACCUGGAUUGGGAUCACUGGUCUAAACCUGGACUGGGAUCACUGGUCUAAACCUGGACUGGGAUCACUGGUCUAAACCUGGAUUGGGAUCACUGGUCUAACCCUGGACUGGGAUCACUGGUCUAUACCUGGAGAGGGGACACUGGCCUCUAAGCUCUUCGAACCGGGAGGCGUCUGAGAUAAGUUGGUUUUUCUUUCAACAUUAGGAACUAUUAAAUAUCGGGAGAGCUCUUCUUCUUUUUUAUAUAUUUUCUCUCUCAAUAUGUUGUGAGACAUGACUUUCUGAACAGCACUACCCACGAGCUACGGCAAACUAUCCACACCUCCUCAGAGAUCAUCAACAUAUUUGGAGUCAUUUGAAUUAAAUCACUCAAACUUAUUUUUUAUUU